AUGGCAGAUAAUAAGGAAAAUUGGGUAGCCCUGGUGGCUGCAGCGGAACAGUACCAGUGUCAAACAGGCAAUGAAAUUGUUUUGCUAGCAGCCUUCCGGUCACCACCCCCUGGCAACUGCAGCUAUGCGCAGCAUGGGAGUGGGGCUCUAGCAGAUGCCGUUCAACACUACCUUGAAGAUAUUGCAGAGGUUCAUAAAACCACUGCUUUCACCUAUGCUGCCCUCCCUCCCUCAAACCCUCAUCCACCUCCCCAACAAGGACCCUAUUCCCAAAGUUACCCUCCUACUCAUGCUCCAGAUGAACCUGCCUCACACAGGACACCUACCUUCCUGCCUCAGGAUUCGGGAGGCCAUGAAGAUGAUGAUGGAGACAGAAAUACAUUGACUGAAUUGGAACAACCCAGUGGGAAAGACCCUCCUAGUGACACUACUGGUCUGUUUGUGAUGGACGAAGAUUCUCCAAGCCAAGAUUAUGAGCCUUUUUUUGAUUCCGAUGUGGAGAGCACUGACGAUGGGAGUCUGAGUGAAGAGGCUCCAGGACAGACAGCUCCUCCACCCCCAAGCCAUCACUAUGCCAAAUCCCUCCCUGUCUGCGUGCCCAUCUGGGGCUUUAAAGAGCAACACCAAGAGAUGCAAUCCUCUGAUGAAGAGAACAGUAAGCUGCCACAGCCAUUUUACCCUUACCCGCCCCCAUGGGCCCAAGCAGUCUGGUGGAUUCCCCAUCGUCCAGAAGAAGCACCCACCCAGUUGGUGGGCAGUCUUGGAGCCAAUUACCAACCUCCGGGGCAGCCAAUGAUGACCAAGGCGAGGCCCAGGGAGGAAGAGACGGUGCCUGACCGCGAGAGUGGAGUUCUAGCCCGAUUGGAAGACUUUCCCGUGGAGCAGCUGACUGACCCACUGCAGAGCCAAGCCCAGCUUCCGAAGCAAUGCAGAGCCCCGGUCAGACCCAAGGGAGUUUCCGGAGUCCUCAGCAGCCAGUCGCUGGGUGAGUUGGGUCUCGGGGAGAAGAGGACUGUCCCAGUACUUAUGUGCUCGGUGCGGAAGCCAUGGGGGAGAUUCCUUGCCAGUCAGCUGAAGAGCCGACGGAACUGCGAGGAACCUACCCACAGUCAAAAGAUGAGCCUGAAGAAUCUCAGGAAUCCCCCUCCCCUCCAACUGAGGAAGUCACGAGACAGCUGGGUCCUACUGCCAGUGGCCCCACACCAGAACCAG